UUCACUUCCUCUCUGGGAAGAAGUUACUUAUUACCUACUCGUAGUGGUGCAUUGUCUAGACGGAAUCAGCAUGACUUUCGCUGGGGGAAUAAAGUGUGUGAAAUAUCUCAUGUUUGCCUUCAACUUUGUCUUCUGGCUUGCAGGCACUGCGGUCUUUGCUAUAGGCCUGUGGCUAAGAUUAGACCCAAAGACCAAAGGCCUGUUUGAAGGAGAAGACUCUCCAUAUGUGUUUUACACAGGUGUAUAUAUCCUGAUUGGAGCUGGAGCACUGAUGAUGGUGGUGGGCUUUCUGGGAUGUUGUGGGGCCAUCCAGGAGUCCCCCUGUAUGCUGGGACUGUUCUUCUUCUUCCUUCUCAUCAUAUUUGCCAUUGAGGUUGCGGCUGGAAUCUGGGGAUUUUCCAACCAAAGCAAGGUGGUGAAUGACAUCACAACGUUCUACAUGCAGACCUACAAUAACUUCAAAACGACAGGAGAUGAGCGAUUUAAAGAAACUCUGCGGGUGAUUCAAACCGGGCUGAACUGUUGCGGGCCAACUGGUACUAUAGUAGAUGCUGCCAAAGACACCUGUCCCCGGGGAGAGCCACUUGAGGUGCUCAUUACUAAGAGCUGCCCUGACGCCAUUGAUGAGGUGUUUGACUCCAAACUACACAUCAUAGGAGGAGUGGGCAUCACCAUCGGUGUUGUUAUGGUGUUUGGGAUGAUCUUUAGCAUGCUCCUGUGCUGCGCCAUCAGGAAGUCUCGGGAGGUGGUGUGACUCCCACCAUCGGAUCCCAGAGUCUUUAUUAAUGUUGCAUGAUGUCAUUCGAGUCACAUGACUCCCCACUGCCAAUAGAAACACUGCUUGUUCAAAGGAACUAGGCUGGGUGCAGAUAUUUAAGAUUAUUACAUAAUCCAUCAGUUAUAUCUGUGCUGCUGACACUUAAGCCCACCGUGUGAUGUGGUUAUUAGGCCCAACUAUAGAAUGGGUGUCAUCUGUUCUUCAGUGGCAAUGUAGUGCAGAAAUGUGUCAUUUUGUGGUCAUUUGACUGAAAUUAGUGUUUGUGAACUGCUAAUUAUCUAAACAAAGAUCAUAUUAUUGUAUACUGAUCACACUUAUAUUGCUAUCACUUGGGGUCACCUACUGGACUGGAGAGUCAUGGAUCAGGGCCCUGAUGAAGGCACCCACUACCACUUCAGCACAAUACAGCAGCAGCCAAUGAAAUUAUUUUUCUUACAACAUCAAAGUCAAACCAUGGUGACUAGUAGCCAAUUCAAAGCCGAGCUGUGAACUGCGGUGACCGAGUACCAUCAUAGUUCCUUCAUUGUUACAUUUCAUUUGUUCCCUUUUUUACUCUUUACCCUUUUACUAAAACGCCUUUAAUUUUUGUCAUGUUUUGUAAAUGUCUUCUUUUUUCAUUUGUAAAAGAUUCAUACACUUAGGUGGUUGUAUAGUACGUGUGGUUUGAUAUGUGGUUUGUAUUUUAUAAUGUUCUUUUUAUUUUACAGAGAUUGGGUUGAUUUAUACCAUAUGCACUAUGUUUCACAGAGACAAAUAAACCAAAAUUUACUGAG